CUGAAAUCUUGAGUAUUAAGUCAGACUGGAAUCUUCCAGAGGUCUGUAUGUCUAGAUGGUUGCAAACGGUUGGUGAAUGGUUACCAAGGGAACACAAAUUGCCUAAUGAUUUUUACAGUUUAAAGAAGAUGAUUUCUGAGCUAGGACUCCCAGUUGUAAAAAUUGAUGCAUGUCCGGCUGGUUGCAUGUUAUUCUGGAAAAAUGAUGAACAAUUAGAGACAUGCAAGUUUUGUGGUGAGUCUAGAUACAAGUCAAUGAGCGAAAGACGAGGGAAGCCUCGCAAGCGCCGUGCUCGAUCAAAGCUGAUAUAUCUACCGUUUAUUCAGCGUUUACAACGGUUGUACGCAAGGCCGAGAGAAGUGGAUUUUGAGGCAUUUCAGCAGGAAUUUUUCCAACCACCACCAAUUGUGGAAGCAACUCAGGUUGGUGUCUUCUUACAAGAUCUAAGUGGCGGCGAAAUUCAAGUGCAAGAAACACUUAAUGACUUGGAAGAAGAUGAAUGGAUUUCCGAUGAAGAUACCGAAGAAGAAGAAGUUUAUGUUGAGGAUGAUUAUGAAAGUGAAUGAUGUAAAUUAUACUAUUUGAUGAUUUUAUUAUCCACAAUGUGUUGUUGUUUUUUAUUUGAUGUAUGCUUAAUGAUUAUUCUUCGUCCACACAUUUCUCUCUCUCUCUCACUUAUCUUUUGCAACUUCUUUUUCUCCUUGCUUGGGUUUCUUCCAUAGAUGUCUUCUUCUUUGAAGCCAGAUCUUGAAGAGGUAUAUCAUAAAAUUUCAGAUCUUGUGUUCAUAUUGAAUCCUUAAGAGCUCCAUGAUGAAAUUUCGGAUCUUCAAUGUUGAAGUGUUGUUGCCAAGGGUGUUGCAGAAGCUACUCCCUUUCUCUUUUCCUUCCAUGUUUUAAUUUCAGUGUUGGGUGUAUUUUUUUUUUUACAGAAUUAUUUGUAUAAAGAAGGGACAAUUUUUCUUAAAAAAUAUUGGUGUGAUAUAAUUUACCCAGUAUGAUUCAUGUUUCUUGUGCGUAUGGGAUAGACCGGAUAGGGGAGAGGAGG